UUUUCGAACGAUUGUAGAUAUUUAGCUAGCUAACAUUAGCUUGUCAUGUCGCAAAUGACUUGGUAACAGUUAGUUAUCUUCCUGCAUCCAUUGUUUUGAGGUUAGUGUAGCUAGCUUCGUGGUUAAGUUCGCUGUUGGUUGUGUUUUCAGGUUAAGUAGAUGGCUGGCUGAUUAUAGUUAUUCACAACCAAACUGCAGGAUCUCGGACGAAAGUCGGCUGUUGAGAUUCCCAUAUUGGAGGUCUUUUCUACAUCCGGAUCGGCGCUGGUGAAAGAGCAAAUUUGAAUUCAGCUAUACUGCGAACUCUUCACAAACAUGGGGGACGACCGACCUUUUGUCUGCAAUGCCCAGGGGUGCGGCCAGAGAUUCACUAAUGAGGAUCAUCUGGCUGUACACAAACACAAGCAUGAGAUGACGUUGAAAUUCGGACCUGCCAGAACUGACUCGGUCAUCAUUGCAGACCAGACUCCCACACCAACCCGCUUCCUGAAGAACUGUGAGGAGGUGGGGCUUUUCAAUGAGCUGGCAAGCUCCUUCGAGCAGGAGUUCCGCAAGGCCCAGGAGGAUGAUGACAAGAGGGCCAAAAACCCUCUGCCUGCACCUCCCCAAAGUGGUGCCCUGGACAUGACUCUACAGACCCCCUCAGAUGUAAAGGUGAAAGAGGAAGAACCAGUAGAGGUUGACUCUUCACCCCCAGGCAGUCCUGACUCCAUCUCCAGCAAGUCUGACAGCAGCAAGGAACCAAUGGAGACCCCCCCGAAGCCAGCAGUGAGCUCGGCCCCCACUCCCACCAUUGUGCGGCCGGGCUCCCUGCCCAUCCACAUGGGUUAUGAUGCCCUGCACCCCACUAUGCCCUCCCCGACGUCAGUCAUCACCCAGGCCCCACCUUCCAAUCGCCAGCUUGGCUCUCCCACAGGUCCUUACCCAAUGAUGAUGCAUCUUCCUAAUGGACAGGCAGUUCCUGUCCUCCCGGGCUCAGUUCAGAUGCCGUCUGUCAUAUCUCUGGCCCGGCCCAUGUGCAUGGUACCCAACAUUCCUGGGAUCCCUGGCCCCCCACUGGGUGGCAACAACAGCGGCUCAUCAUCCCCCUCUGGGUACAACCCGCACUCCGAGGCCAAGAUGAGACUGAAGGCAGCGCUGUCCCAGCAGACCCCUGCAGGGCAGAACUGUGGGGCUGUUGCUAUGGGGUCCAGCACCAUGGUGCCUCAGAGACAGGAGCAGAGCCAGCUGCUCGUGCAGCAACCAGAUGCCCCAUCGCCCGCACAGCCACAGGUUUCACCGGCCCAGCCUACUGGUGGGCGGAGACGGAGGACGGCCGAGGAUGAUCCUGAUGAGAGAAGACAGCGCUUCCUGGAGCGGAACCGGGCAGCAGCCUCACGUUGCCGACAGAAACGCAAGUUGUGGGUCAACUCUCUGGAGAAGAAGGCCGAGGAGUUGACUUCCAUGAAUGUCUCUCUGUCUAACGAGGUGUCUCUGUUACGGAACGAGGUUGCCCAUCUGAAACAGCUGCUGCUGGCCCACAAGGACUGUCCUGUGACCACUAUGCAGAAAAAGACUGCCUACCUGGGGGAAGAGAGCCUGAAGGAGCUGUCGGAGCCCACAGGCUCCCCAGCGGCCGUCAUCCAGCACAGCUCCCUGGCCCCCAGCCCCUCAGCUGGGCCCAACGGGCUGAGUGCGCGGGCGGCGGCCGAGGCGGUGGCCAUGUCUGUGCUGGCGGGGAUGGGCAGCCAGCGGGGGGGUGAGAGUGGGGGCGGCUCCUCCUCCCAUGUCAUCAUGGCCACACAGUCCCAGCCAGCCGCCAGAUGAUGAGCUUGGCGUGGCCCUGAACUCUGCAGACCCCGCCCCUUACUGGGGGAGGGUGGGGAGAGGAGGUCUUUCUCUCUCGUCCCUGCCCAAUCCUUCCCCCCCUGCCUCCCACCCUGUCUCUUUCCCUGACCUCACCAGCGCCCCCCUCUUCGCUCUGGCCUGGAGCUCAGCAGCAUUGUGGGACUGCACUGGGACUCUCUGAGAGCUUCCUUUUCAUGAGGCCACAGACUACAGGGGCUGGACUCCACCCACCCUUCUGACCACACCUUGUACUCCACCCCUCAUCUUCACUGGACUGUAGGACUGCAAAACUUGUCCUGAGUGCACUCUCAUUGUCAACACCACACACACUCUUCAGUGUGUGCCGCACACAUACAGACACACCAUAAACCAUAACACAAAUACACCGUCACACUAAAACACGUACCACACACUGUAACACUUACCACACACACGUGGGCACACUGUAAUAUUAUACCACAUGCAGAGUUUUAUUCAUGGAUUGUCCUUGAUCAGGGAGUUACUGUACGCAGAGCCUUCCCUUUUGUUCUCCUCUUCUCCUUUUGACUCUGCCUUUCUGUCACGAUUUGCUAGAAAAGGAGGCAGUUUCAGAAGUCCCUUAUCUUUUACCAGGGACACUGGCUCAGUGGUAGUGAGUGACAUAAUCACAGGUGCCAUCUUGUUCAUUGACAAGUGCAAACAUCGCCAGAACUUCACUAAUAGCUGACCUCAUUUAUACCCCUGUAUAAUAUAUUUUAUAAAAGGUUCUGUGUGCAUGUGUGUGGGUGCGUGUGUGCUUGUGUGUACAUAUAAAUGUACAUCAGAAUAUAUAUAUUGUGGUGGUUACUGAGUCAAAGUGUCUGAUACACUAAUGUCUGGUUUUGCUGGCAUGCAAUAUUUUUCUCCUAUUUUCCCCCUCUGUGCUCUGUACCUGUGUGCAUUGUGUCAGCUCUGGCCCCCAGACAAAACAGGAUUUACUAAAAAAGGCAUUUGGGAAAGUAGGCACAAAUAGCACCUUAAGACUAGUUGAAGUGAAUGUCCGCAUUCAUGUUGCAUUGCAGGUCAGCUCUUUGCGUCCCAUGCUUCUUCCACUAUGUCUCUCUAUUGGCUGCCUUGACCUGAAUGGCUAGGUCUCUUCAAUGGUUCUCUCUGUAAAGUCAUUCUCUUUACCUGCGUACCGUCUUCCUCUCUUCCUGUUGUGCUUCAUUUAGAACAGCCUAGGUCAAAUGCGAUGGAUCAGAUCCCCUUCACAAUAACACUGCAGUCCCAACUGUCUCAUAUACACACACACACACACACACACACACACACACACACACACACACACUCUAUGUGUUUAAAAAAAAAAACAAACAAAAAACAGAGUCUGCCUUAAAUCACACUAGUGCCUCCUUCCUCUCCCUGGACAAGCUGGUAGUGGUGGGACUUAUGGAAAGUGUUGUGUUUGAGAGGAGCAUGUAGUCUUCGCUGGUUAUUCUAGCUGCGUGACAAACCCCCUGACAAAGGGAAAAGAUGAAAUACACCACAGCAUCCACAUCAUUGUGAAAACCCCAGAAAGGCAUGGGACAGGGUAGAUUUGGAGCACUUUUGUCAGCAGUGAUCACACUGUCCUUGUCUUCCUGUUGUGUACUGGUGGCGGUGUCUCAUGACUGUCAUUUGAAGCAAGUGAAACUUAGUUCUCCACUUGGAGAGACUGCAUUGAGCUGCAGUCCACCUCCCUGCAGUCAGACGCAGUCGGCCCCCUGCAGUCGGACGCAUUCAGCCCUUGCAGUUGGAUGCAUUUGCCUCCAGAGCUGGACUGAAUCCGUGGUUCUUUCUGGGACCACAACACAGCGCAACACAGUCAAACACAGUCAUAAAGAAAAUGGGGGGGAAACUCACAGAAAACAACAUUUUAAUGUCUCUCAAAAUUCAUACAUGACCAAAAUCCUCACAUCUCAUGUAUUUGGUAUGCAGUGUGUUGUGUGGCAAAAAAAUGAAACAUUUGAAAUUGUUUAAAUUUUAAGGGCAUGGGUAAGUGCACUAAAAACAAUACGCAUAUUUUUCUCAAUUUUUUUUGUUUUUGUUUUUUUUCCUUAGUCCUGAAUAAGAAACAUCCCCAUAAUAGGUUCUUUUUCAGUGACAAAAGUUUGCCACAUUUUGUCUUGUGUAUGUAUGUGUAUACAUAUAGAGGAUUACUUAGCAGCUCCUUAAUACAUAUCUUAUACAUUGCUGAACCUUUACUCUUGCAGUCCCAAUGAAACCUCUGUCUUCAUCUAUCUCCCAUACCUGUAUCACAGUCCCUAAAGACAAAAGGUUGAAAAGAAAAAAAGACUUUACUCAGCUAUCAUCAUAGUAAUUGUCAUUAGCACUUUUUCAAGUUUUAUUUUUUUAAUUGUGUGCUGUUGUCAGGACUAUACAGAUGCCUGCUAUAAUAAAUUCUUAUCUGUUUUGGUUGCAAGAAUGACA